AGAGGAGGAAAGAGACUGAGGAGGAGGAAGAAGAGGAGGAGGAGGAAGAGGAGGAAUAAAGAGGAAGUGGAAGGAAAAGAGAGGAGGGAUUUACACACUGAGAGAAGUUUGACACGAAUGCAGGCUGUGCUGGGAAUAAUACACGCACACACGCACACACACACACACACACAUAUAUAUAUACUGUAUAUAUAUGUAUAUAAAGCGUGCGUGCCAGUGCGGGAUAAAUCAGCCUGGGUUUGGCACGGUGUGAGUUUAGGUGUGCCACCAGGCUGCACUUUGAAGUUUUUUUUUUUUAAUUUUCUGGAAUAAGCAUCCAGGAUCUGAUCAGUUCCUCCACAGCAGCACCUCCAGCACUAGCUCCAGCAGCAGCAGCAGCAGCUCCAGCAGCAGCAGCACAGGGUCCGCGCUGCCUCUCAGUGUUUCCUACAGCAGCUCUCAGUCGGUGAAAGAUAGGUUUACACUUCUCUUCGUGUCGCCGCAGCGGUCAGGCUGCGCGGUGCACGCCGGGGCAGGAAGCCUCUCAGGCGGGGAAGUACAGCACGGACUGUCGGUAACGGACCGGAGCUUUUUUUUUUUUUUUGUUUGUUUCCUGGAUCCGGCUCGCUUUCUGUGGUUUUACUUUUCACCGGGACUCCUCCGGGUCUGUGUUUGUGUGCUAGUUCCUCCUCCUCCACGGAGACUUGUUAGUUAGUUAGUGUUGUGUGUUAGUUGUGUGUUAGUUGUGUGUUUGUUAGUGUUGGUGUUUGUGUGUAACUUGGUGUCGUCGUGGAGGGAUUCUUCUCUGCACACUUGGAGCGGUGACAGCGGGGUUUAACCGGCGGAAUAACCGAUACAAACAACACAACAACAACAACACCACCGUCCUGUGUGAGGAGUGUAUGUGGCUAACACGGAACUAGCUCCGAACCGAGCCGAGCCGAGCCGAGCCGAGCCAGAGCCAGAGCGACCAUGCCCGUCAGAAAGAAAGAUGCACAGCGAGCCCUGCUGCUGCUGGAGGAGUACCGGGCCAAGCUGCACAACGCCGAGGACCGGCAGCUCCGACACUCCAUCCAGAGGGUCAUCGACAUCUUCCAGAGCAACCUCUUCCAGGCUCUCAUAGAUAUCCAGGAAUUUUACGAAGUGACCUUAUUGGACAGUCAGAGAUGGGUGGAGUCCUCCAAGGCGGCGGACCCCAUGGCGCCCGUCCACCUGUGGGACUUCUCCAGCCUUCAAAGCACAACGGUGACCUCGGACACUCUGCCCAGCCUUAGCACCAGCAUCGAGGACUCCCCCCUCCUAAAUGAAAUCCUGCACACGCUGGCGCAGGCCAAACGCCCGCCCGGCCCUGACGGACAAAAGUACAGGCACCACGAUGAGGACUCGUCCCCCCAGGACCAGAGCUCCCCCCAGUUGACGGAGGAGGCGGGGGGGCCGGAGCUGGUCCAGGUAGCGGAGAAGAACCUUUCCCAGAUUGAGAAUGUGCACGGAUACGUCACCCACGCUCACAUCUCACCCAUGAAGGUAGCAUCUCUGGAGUGCAUCUUUGACGGUUCCCCGGCGUUAGGCCAGCAGCAGCAGCACCACCCGGAGCUCCCUUCCCCCACGUCCUCCACCCUCUAUAGCCACGGCGAGGACAGCCCCCUCCCCUCCUGCUCCUCCAACCCCUACCCCCCAAUCCAGCAGGCAGAGGCCACCCCGCCCUCCUCUCCCAUAAUCCCCGUGAUCCCAGUCUCGCCAAUCGCAGCCGACACCACCACCAUCAUCCCUCCGACGUCACAGGCCAACCCUCCCCCCGUGGUGGUCAACACAGACAGCCUGGACACGCCUUCAUAUGUGAACGGGACGGAGGCUGAUUAUGAGUACGAGGAGAUCACGCUGGAGAGGGGGAACUCGGGACUGGGCUUCAGCAUCGCGGGCGGCACAGACAACCCCCACAUCGGUGAAGACCCCAGCAUCUUCAUCACCAAAGUCAUACCCGGGGGGGCCGCUGCCCAGGACGGACGGCUCAGGGUCAACGAUGUCAUCCUGAGAGUUAACGAGGCGGAUGUUCGGGACGUGACCCACAGCCGAGCCGUGGAGGCCCUGAAGGAGGCCGGCUCCCUGGUCCGACUCUACGUCCGCAGAAGGAAACCCGUCUCAGAGAAAGUGAUGGAGAUCAAACUGGUGAAAGGACCCAAAGGUCUCGGCUUCAGUAUAGCAGGCGGAGUGGGGAACCAGCACAUCCCGGGCGACAACAGCAUCUACGUCACCAAGAUCAUUGAAGGAGGAGCUGCACAUAAAGACGGGAGGCUGCAGAUCGGAGACAAACUGCUGGCUGUGAACAGCGCUUGCCUGGAGGAGGUGAGCCACGAACACGCCGUCACUGCCUUGAAAAACACUCCUGACGUGGUCUACUUGAAAGUGGCUAAACCCAACAGUGUCUUCAUGAACGACAGCUUCGCCCCGCCCGACCUCACCAACUCGUACUCCCAGCACAUGGAGAACCAUAUCAGCCCCCCCAGCUUCCUGGGUCAACCCAUCCCCCCGCCAGCAUCCUCGGGACGCUACUCCCCGACCCCGAAGAGCAUGCUGGGAGACGACGACGUCACCCGGGAGCCCAGGAAGGUGGUGCUGCACAGAGGAGCGACAGGACUGGGCUUCAACAUCGUGGGCGGAGAGGACGGAGAGGGGAUCUUCAUCUCCUUCAUCCUCGCCGGAGGACCAGCUGACCUCUGUGGAGAGCUGAGGAAAGGAGACCGGCUCGUUUCUGUGAACGGGGUGGACCUCCGUAACGCCACCCACGAACAGGCAGCCGCCGCCCUGAAGAACGCCGGGCAGACGGUGACCAUCAUUGCCCACUACAGACCAGAGGAGUACAGCCGGUUUGAGGCGAAGAUCCACGACCUGAGAGAGCAGAUGAUGAACAGCAGCAUCAGUUCUGGAUCUGGAUCUUUGCGAACGAGUCAGAAGAGGUCGUUAUACGUCAGAGCUCUGUUUGACUACGAUAAGACCAGAGACUCCGGUCUGCCCAGUCAGGGACUCAACUUUAAGUUCGGAGACAUCCUCCACGUGGUGAACGCCUCCGAUGACGAGUGGUGGCAGGCCAGACAGCUGACGUUGCAGGGCGAGGUGGAGGAGGUGGGGGUGAUUCCCAGCAAGAGACGGGUUGAGAAGAAGGAGAGAGCGCGAUUAAAGACGGUGAAGUUCAACGCGAAGUCUCGAGAGAGAGGGCAGUCUCUCAAUGACAAGCGUAAAAAGAACCUCUUUUCCCGAAAGUUUCCGUUCUACAAGAGCAAAGAGGCGAGCGAGCAGGAGACCAGCGAUGUCGACCAACAUGUGACCUCUAAUGCCAGCGAUAGUGAAAGUAGCUACCGUGGGCAGGAGGAGUACGUUCUGUCCUAUGAACCCGUCACUCAGCAGGAAGUGAACUACACCCGUCCCGUCAUCAUCCUCGGCCCCAUGAAGGAUCGGAUCAACGACGACCUGAUCUCAGAGUUCCCCGACAAAUUUGGAUCCUGCGUCCCUCACACGACCCGGCCGAAGCGGGACUACGAGGUGGACGGCAGAGAUUAUCACUUUGUGGUGUCCAGAGAGCAGAUGGAGAAGGACAUCCAGGACCACAAGUUCAUCGAGGCGGGACAGUACAACAACCACCUGUACGGAACCAGCGUGCAGUCGGUCCGAGAGGUGGCGGAGAAGGUACCAACACCUGGUAAACACUGUAUCCUGGACGUGUCGGGGAACGCCAUCAAGAGACUCCAGCUGGCUCAGCUUCAUCCCAUCGCCAUCUUCAUCAAACCCAAAUCUGUGGAGAACAUCAUGGAGAUGAACAAGCGUCUGACGGAGGAGCAGGGCAGGAAAACCUUCGACAGAGCCACCAAGCUGGAACAGGAGUUCACCGAGCAUUUCACAGCCAUCGUUCAGGGCGACACUCUGGAGGAGAUCUACGAUCAGGUGAAGCAGAUCAUCGAGGAGCAGUCGGGUCCGUUCAUCUGGGUUCAGUCCAAGGAGAAGUUAUGAGGAUCAAAACUCUGUCUGCUCCGUCGCUCCUCCUCUCUUUAGAUCCACUUUGUUUUGAAAAGGAAAGUCGACCUGCAGACGGCAGCCUCCUCCCUCGCCCCCCCGACCACCACCACAACCCGAUCAACGACACGACACAUCGACUGACCAGAGCUUUUAUUUUGUAUUUGUUUUGCCUGAAUAAGACUCCAUUGUUGGGUUUCCUGACCAGCAGAGAAAAGCACACAGGAAGUAUGAUGACAUCACACUCAACACGGUACAGCUCCUUAAUGUUUAAGGGAGAAGAAGAAGAAGACACGUCCAUGGAAGUGGCGAGAAGAAGAAGAAACGUACGAAGAAGAUUUUCAGUUUGUGGGGUUUUUAUACCCUUUUUUUUUUUCUUUUGUCAUGUCAGGUAAGACGGACGGACAGACGGAGUUUUCGGUCUCAGGCAGCGUCUGUCGGUCCGGGAAAAGGAAGGCGGAGACACAAAAAAGCGAAACUUUGCACGUUUGAGCUUUAACAGCAUGUCCGUUAAUAACCCCGUUUAUUUCCCAUCAGCCCCUUCGGCGUCUGACGUCACAGCUUUUCUUCUUCUGUUCUGCAUCUCACCGUUUCCUCUUUUUUUCUUUUUUACUCACGUUUAUAUUUUCUUUGUUUUGCUCCUCGCUGCUGCAGGACGUUUGUCAGGACGCUGUGCAGGGUUCCUGCUCUGCUGCCAGGGGGCGCUGUGGAGGGCGUUUAACAGAUUAACUCGCUUUAUUUAAGGGAUGAGGAAUAAUCGACUCUCUUCACUCCACCAAUUCUGAUUUUAUUGCUGAACAUUUUUACAUUUUAGACAUUUAGUUUUGGUGAGUUCAAAGGUCAUGGCGGUCAUUUUUCUACCUACACUGCAACACAACAUCUUGAUUUUCUCAAGUCCUUUCUGUCUGUAAAGGAAUCUAAAGCCACGUUUUCCUUAAAACGAGAAUGUUUCGGCUUUUUAUUCCCACUUGGAAGUGAAGAAAAUGAUUCAAACAACUCCAAUCACAUUUUUCAGGAUAUUAAAUUCACCAAAGAAAAAACAGACAAGACACAUCACCAAAUUAAUCACGCCUCAUAAUCACAAAAAAAAACUGUCCCAUCCUAAUUACAAGAAAACUAUCAUUAGAAAUCUCAUAAUUUUCUUGCAAUGAUGAGAAAUAUUAUUGUAAUUACAAGAAAACAGUCAUAAUAGGGAAAAUAAGGAAUAUAAAUAUAUAAACAGAAUUUCGAGAAUACUUAUAUACUCAAAAUUAAGAGAUCUUAAUUCCAAGAAAAUUGUCAUAAUUACAAGAAAAAUAUCAGAAACACAAGCUAUUUAUUUUAUAAUUCAUAAGAAAAAUCUGCCAUAAUUUUCUUAUAAUUAUAGACAAUAUUCUUGUUGAUAAAAAUAAUAAAUACAAAAAUAUAAAAAACACCUAUAAUUAAGAGGAUAUUACUUUAUAAUUAGAAGAAAAAUCAUUACAGGAAAAUUAUCCUAUAAUCCAGAGAAAAAUAUCUCAUAAUCAAUAAAUUAAUUUAAAUUAAUUCCAAGAAAAUAAUCCUAAUUACAAUAAAAAAUAUCUUUAUUUCAUGAUUACGAAAAUAUAAUUUCUCAGUGUGCGAAAAUGCAGAAUUACUGUCACAAAUUGUGAAAAAAUAAUACAUACAACAAACAAAAACAACUUUAUAAUUAGAAGAAGCUCAUUAUCUUAUAAUCCUGAGAAAAUCAUCUUGUAAUAAGGAUCUUUUUUUGGAAUUAAAAUCUGUUAAUUAUGAGAAAAAUAUCAUAAAAAUACAAGUUCUUUAUUUCAUAAUUACAAAUAAAACAAUAUGUGAAAAUGAUGAUAAUAUGAGAAUUAUAGGGGAACUGCAAGAUUUCUCCGUCAUGAGAUUGUUUUGUCAAAAUGAUCAAAUAUAGUUUAUUUUUCUUCAUUGAAAGCAGCUUGAGAUAUUCUCUUCAUCUAAUUGAAUAAGUCUUUAAAGACAGAUUGACUUGACGAGAUGAAAGUGUAACACUGAUUUUAAACUUUAAAUACACUUGAUUUAACUGAACUGAUAUUUUUAUUAUUAUUAUUAUUAUUAUUAUUAUUAUUAUUAUUAUUAUUAUCAUCGGUGUGUUUGGGGUUGUGUUGUUCGGAGCGGCGCCCUCUUGUGAGUGGGAGUUCGAACCCCGUCAGACGCCCGUCAGCGUCGUCAGUGUCUUACCAUGAAAAACGAUGUCGAUCAUGUGAUGCUUUGUGCGCCUGGAGACGAGCUGCCACCUCCAGGUGUCCGCAGGUGUGUCCCGAACGCGCAGGUUAUUAUUGUACAAUGAGAUUUUGACAGAUAUUUAACCCUCGGUAAACUGCCUAUUUUGUUAUAAUAAAAGUCUAUAUUGAACUUUACUUAAGCA